AGCCAUGUUGGAAGAGCCAAUGUCCACAGUACCAUAUUCCAUAUGGACAUCAAUCCUCAGUUGGUUUACCCCAAUAGUGUUCUUCGUCUUCAUCAACCUCACAAUCGGCACCAUUUAUUUCACUUCCACUUUGACUUCCAACAACAAUGGCAAAACACAUGAACAAGACGAUGAAACAAACCCAAAGCUUGUUAGAUCUACAUCUGUGCUGCAGAGGCUGAAAUCUAUCAACCUGUGUGCGUAUAGAUCUCAAGAGCCUGCUGUUGCAUAUGAAAAAGCCCCGGAUUUGAGUGACUUCCACUUCUCUUUCCAUCACCAGCAGGCUUCCCUUGACCGAUCACCUUCGUUCCUACAAAUGGUUAUGUCCAUUAACCUCAAAAGCUACUUCUCUCCCGAGAAAAUCCAUGAAAGUUUCUCCCAUUUUGCGCCGGACGGGACAGCGGAGGAAUCCGUGGCGACCCAGAGUGGCGGACGGACGCUUGAAGAAAUAUACGGUCAGUUGGAUGGUGAAAAUAGCCAUGUUGCGAGGACUAAAUCUGGUACUAAACCAGCAUCCGGGGAGGUACCGACUAAGCUUCCCAGGAAGAUGAAGAAAUCCGCUAGUGUAAAGUCCGCUUUUCGACAUUUUAAAGAAGAUGACAUCGUUGAAGCUCGACGGCCGGCCACCGUGAGGGAAGGGAAGGAUAAAGCUAUGGAGGAAGACGAGGAAGUGGAUGCCAAAGCGGAUGAUUUCAUCAACAAGUUCAAGCAGCAGUUGAAGUUACAGAAGCUUGAUUCCAUCAUUAGGUACAAGGAGAUGGUUAACAGAGGAAGUGGAAGAUGAAA